AACAACCAGAAGACCACCGCUGGACUAAAGAAAGCUCUGGAUUUGGCUCCUCUGUACAUCGAUAGCAAUGGAUGUAAUACAUCUCUAAGAGAAGCCAUUAUACAAAACGGCAUCUCCAGGAAGAAGUUUUCCCCAAACUUUUGUUCACCCACUGGAUUUUCCAAAGACUGCAUGAUUAUUAGCAGUGUAUAUGUGAGUCAGGAAGAUGGCUGCAUUUCCCAAAGUCUGAAAGAGAAUGGGAACGAUGGCCCCUAUAGACAGAUGUCCAAAGCGGUCAAAAGCACUUAUGCCAAUGGAGAUUCAUAUCUUCACAACAUGACUCAAAGAACCAAUGGAAACAGUGAUGGAGUUACGAGUCCUCUAAAAGUAUCUGUAGAGGAAAGGCAAGCCAGAUCUGCACCAGGGAAUGUGUUCAAUGGGACGCCAAGUGGGCCAAAUACAACCAAUGGGACGCCAAGUAUGCCAUCUCCAAUGACUCCAGACUCCUUCCAUGAAAGCUUGUCUGACUCGUGCUCCAAUCGGAGCAGCACGGAUUCAUUACCAGGACCUCAAAACUCAAGCGGUCCACCAAACGGGCUUGAGGAAAGCGAGCCGAUCUACGCUGAGAGCACUAAGAGGAAAAGACGAACGCCAUGCGACGGGAAGGAGUCUGAAACGGAGCUCAAUGCAAGCGACACUCAAAGAGCAACCAUCACAGUCGUAGCCGCCCACACCGAAGAAAAUAACAGGACUUUUUACCUAAGCAGCCCGGAUUCUGCUGUAAGCACUCAGUGGACCCACUUCAGCCCAACGGUGCCCAAAGACUCAUCAAGCCCGGCGUUCACUUGGCCAGACGCAACCGAAGGAACCCCUAACGCCUCCCAACCCAAGCCUCAAUCCAGUCCCCCGGUUCCUCCUAAGAUUAACUCCCGUCCUCCCAGACUUGGCACCUCCAGUCUUUCCUUACCGCUACCCGAGAUAAGCUUUACAAUGGUUCUUCCUCCAAAAGAAAUGGCUCCCGUUCCUUCUCAAGUAGACUCCAUUGCUCCAGUUCGCUCGGCUCCGGUCCGUAAACACCGGAGUAUGGAAGACUGUAUUGAUGAGGCAGAAGGAGGGAGAGUCUGAGAGAUCAGGCUCCUGUACCCGUCCGGUUGAGUCCAUCAAUGGUCCCGCUGUUCGGGAGUUUGUGUCCAGAGAAUGGAAGAGCGAGAGCAGUGCGACACCAGGCACCGGCAACAAAAGCACCAGUCAGACUCCGGCUGGCGUCCCAGUGGAGAAUGCGAAAACCAGCGAGAGCACCAGAGCUCAUCCCAACCAGACCACCGAACCCAGCGCCAGUCGAGAUCCCAUUCCGCCGCCUCCACCUCCCAAAAAACACCACCGCUGUCGGUGCAGCAGAGCGUCCCGCCUCACUUCAGCCUUCAGCAGGACUGCGGUCACUUCCUAGCCUGCGUCCCGCGUAGCAUGCUACCUAGCGAUGAGCGAGCGGCGGGGCCCUCCGAGCAGGAGCGUGUGGUGGUGAUAACGCGCGAGGUUCCUCACCAAACCGUGGCGGAUUUCGUCCGGGAGUGGGAGUCGUUCCACCGUGCGCAGCCGGAGGUGUACGAGCGCCGCGUGUGUUUCUUGCUACUACAGCUGUGCACCGCACUGGAGCAUCUCAAAGCGCACGGCGUCACGCACCGCGACAUCUGCAUGGAGAACCUUCUGCUAGUUACACACCGCCGCGUCGACCCGCAACAGCAGAGCCUCCCACGCCUCCUCAUCAGUAACUUCCGCAAAUCAAAGCGUCGGAACGCAGACGAGGUCGCGAUUAGCGGGGAUCCGCGUUUUAAGCGAGAUCAUGCGCGACUAGCGCCGGAAAUCGUUUCUGCUGCACAGUAUCGGAAAUUCGACGAAUUUCAAACCGGGAUUUUAAUUUACGAGCUCUUGCAUCAGCGGAAUCCGUUCGAGGCGACGGCGGCGGCUAAGCAGUACAGCUGCGAGGAUUUGCCGCCAAUCCCAAGCGUUUCGCUAUACUCAUCCGGUUUGCAGCGGCUAGCGCACCUGCUACUGGAGCCGGACCCAGGGCGCCGCGUACACAUCCAGGACGCUAAGCGGAUCCUGCAGGCUCUGCUGUGGGGGCCGCGGCGGGAGCUACUGGAGCAGCCGUGGGUACGUGGAAGAGCCGCGCCGCCACGCCACGACGGGUUAAUGAACUGGCUGGACGUGAAGCGCGCGCUGCUAAUGAUGAAGUUCGCGGAGCGCUCGCUGGAGCCGGAGAGGAACGCGGAGCUGGAGGACUGGCUGUGCUGUCAGUACUUCUCCACCGCUAACCCUAAAGCGCUGUGUCAGAGCGCGGAGCUGCUGUACAACCUCCCCUUCACACACUGAAGACCAUCCCGCUAACACACGCUCACACACGGCGGUCCGGUGUGCAUGAGAUCUGUCGUGUUUGUGUGUUUGUAAAACACUGUGUUCUUCACUGGACAGAUCGCUGACUGAACGCUUGUGCGUUAACAUUCCAGUCUUUCAUUGCACAGAUGCUCUACAGAAGAGAACACUUAGUUAGAUUUUGUAUUGAGACAUUUUUUUCAUGAAAAUUAAAAAGCAAAUGUAAAAUAUAUAUAUGUGGAUGAGAGUGUGUGUGUGUGUGUGUGU